GCGAGAGUUUACCUCACAUGUGCGGAAGUUUACAAUGUCGUAAAAACGUGUUACAUAUAGAAGUGGGGAGAAAAAGCCGGGUGCAUUUUAUAUCUUUAACAAUUUUAAAGUUUUUCUUUGUCAGUAGCUUUUACACGAAACCAUGUAUUCAGUAUUAAUCGACGCACUCUUCACUAGCUCUCCUGAUUAUGAGCGCUUGUUCGAGUCUCUGUGCUGGCCCGCGGAGUCUUGGCCGGAGACAGAACGGGUGAAGGCACUGACAGCUUUUAUUCAGGGACUCGAAAAACUCUUUGCAGACCCGGACAAGACGUCGUUAUCUGCUGCACAGAGGCGUCGUAUUCAAGAUAAAGUCGAGUCAGUCAUAUGGGCGCAUUGUCUGCCUCUUUUAGCUCGAAUAUCAGCAGAACCAAGUGAACCGGGGCGCUGCAGGGAGAGCACCGCAGCCCUUUGCCUUCUUCUGAGUGCCUGUGUCCCGCUGUGUGAUGAGACUGUACCUCGGCGGGUGGCUGUGUCCGUACUGCCAUCACUCCAGGUGUCAGAGGAGGAGGCGCUCAACGUGGAUGUUUCCAUUGAAGUCAUGGCUGCUCUUAUACCUUCUCUCUCUGAAGACGAGAACAUCACAAUUCAAAUUCUGUCCACUGUCUUAUCCUGCAUUAAAACACUGCCUGUUGCACAGGUGUCCAAAGCCACAGUCAGACUCCUGUUGACUCUUCUGAAUUGUUGCAGCAGUGGCAGAUCAAGCAGCAUCAUAAAGUCAAUCCAAGAUGAUCUCUGUAGCUGGUACUGCAGUAACGGCACAUCCGUGGUCACAGAGAGAGUUUUGCUGUGUUUGACAGUCCUCUCAGAUCACCUGCUCACACCCUCUUCCUCUUCCAAUUGUAACGCUGACCCUCGUCUCUCCCAUCAGUUUUGGCGGAUAAUUCAGGACGGACUCACCCACAAAGACAGUGUGUCACGUAAAAGAGCGUUGUAUCUUCUGAAAAGGUGUGUGGCGCUGUCAGAGGAAGAGUCGAUGGAGUGUUCAUUGUCACCAAUGAAUGAAGGAGAAAGUGCCUUGUUCAAAUGGGCUCCCGGCAAGGGCAAGUUACUGAGGGAGUUUUGGGAGGAUUAUGUGCUGGUCAUGGAAACACUGGAGGAAAAUCAGGUUCACGUUGUCCGACCAGUUCUUAACAGGAUCGACACGCUGAUCCAAACGACAGUGAAUGAUGGUCAAGACCAAGGCCUCAUUCACCCAUCCUGGCUGUUGUGUGUGUACCAGCGAAUGUUCCACAGUGAAAAUAAGUCCUUGAUGAGAGAGGGAGUGUGUCACCUGCUAGAGCUGCAGGUUCUCUCUCAGCCACACUUCGCUUUGGCUUUUUCUCAGUUUGUUGUUGGUCCUUUUAUGGAAGUCCUGGCUGAAAGUUCGCUCUUUCAGAGGUCAGUGGGACAGAAUAAUGUAGGGGAUUGUCCUGAGUUGGGUGCUAAACUCCAGGUUUUCUUGGCCAACUUCUUCUGUAGCCUCCCAUCACAGCAUAGAGGUAGUAUCUUGCUGCAGCUUAUUCAACAGCUGGGCUGUAAACACUGGUGUGCCGUUCCACUUCUGUUCCUCUGCCAGGCUUUAUCCAAACUCAGCCCGAGUCCAUUACUGGGAAGAGACGGAUUUACUGCACUGAGAGAGGUACUACGCUGUACCAUGAUCACACACCAGGUCCUGUUGAGAGGAGCUGCCCAGNNNNGAUUUCUGAAUUGCUUUUUUCAUCAGAGCGCUGUGAGCCUGGACGACGUCUUUAGCUUCCUGACACAUUUCCGUGCAGAUGAGUCACUGUGCAGAGGGACGCAGCUCUGGACUCAGGUGUGUGACUGGCUGUCAGAGAAUGAAGGUGGUUUCAGCCCCAGUGCUGUGGAUGCUGAUCAGACUGGCGCCCCCUGCACCAAGGAAACCAUCAGAGAACACAUUCAGGGCCAGAUAUGUGCUUUUCUUCGAGUUCCAGCUAGUACAGGUCAGACUGACCGGUUACCUGACCCUAAAGAGGCUGAGAAGCUAGCCAGGUCUGUUCUGCUGUGUGUUGACGUAGAGCACAGUCGGUCUGGUGCAGACAUCACUAACACCCUGGAGCUGUUGCUCUCGCCUCUGCUCGACACCCUGAGCCGAGUCAGUACCAAUAUUUACCUGCCUCUGCGCAAGAGCGACAAGAGCCUGCAGCUGGUGCUGCAGCUCUUCCAGCUCGGACAAACACCAGGGGAGAGAGGUGAUGCUGUGAUUGUCACACUGGAGAAGCUGAUGUUAAAACUCUUAUAUCCGAUCCAGGACUUUAUUCUGCGGCGUUUGUGUGGCGAACUACAAGAGUUAUUUGAUGUCGAACGAGCAGAACUGUAUCUGAGCGUACUGAGCCAGUUGUGGUUCGUUUCCACUUCUACAGCACAGCAGCACAUUAAAGUUCAUCGCAGUGAUUUUUCUAAACUCAUCAAGCACAGCCUCACGGUGUUGCAGGAGCCGAGCCUGCAGACUCCUUCUAUGGCACACCAGGGGUCUACAGCUGUUGCUAUGGCAGCUCUGGCCAGGGUUUGUGGUCUUGUGGAGCAGGAGGUGGUUGCCAUGAGAUCAGAGACGGGUUCUGCUCUAAAAACUCUGAAUGACUACUUGUAUAGUUCUGAGCUUGGAAACUUUAACAGAUGUCUGCUGAAACCACAAACUGAAGACUUUUUAUGUGAUGAUGAAGUACACGGUCCACUGCUGAAGGACUGGGGACGUAUCGCUGCCAAUUUUAUGAGGGACCAGUGGGUUUGUCUUAGCUUCCUGGUUAAGACUUUUGGGAUUCCUGAAAAUUCCAGGACGCUGGAUACUGUCAAAGCUGCUCUGAGUCGCAGUGUUGACGCUCUGGCACUGCUGCCCAAUGACCUGGUGCUGCCUGUGCUCACCUUUAUGGAGACAAUCCUGCCUCAAUUACUGACCGAUGAAGAAGAGCUUUGUGUGGAGGCUGUGACUCAGAGUUGGGAACUGGUGCAAGGGUUGACCUCCAAUGCCAACGACUUCUGGUCAGGCCUAAAAGGAUUUGUCUCUAUGGCAUUUAACCCGCAACUGCUGCAGCUGUCGCACGGGCAAGCUCUGAAAUUCACAUCCACUUUGAAAAAGAUUUCACUGGAGCUGAUUGAGCUUUCCCAGUCAAAGAGCGGCGUGUUUGGUGUGCUGCUCCACCACUGUUCUCAAACAUGGAUGCCCACAGGACUGGGGGGCAGUGACCACGCUGACGCUGUGUUUUCUAGUGUUUUCAGCCACAUCCACAUCCUCACUGAGGCCUGUGUUUAUGGACCAGUGUUCAGAAGAGACCAGAGGUUAAUCCAGGAUGUGCAAACAUACGUGGAGCAGCUUGGUGAGGAGUGUGCUGUCAAUGUGGCACUGAAAAGUGAUAACUCCAGGGAUGAACAGUACCCCCGCAUGUGUGUGCUGUCCUUCCUCAGUCGCCUGGAUUCUUCAAAUCCACUCCAUGAAAAAGUGAUGGAGACUGUAGUUAUGGCUUUGUUAAAAAAGGACAAUGAUUUGUCAAGGUCAAAGGUGCGAGCAUACAGCAACUCCCUGCAACACCGUGUCAAAAACCGAGUGUGGCAAACCCUGCUUCUGUUGCUCCCCAAACUAAGAGACGAUUUUGUCACGACUUCAUUGACUCACGUGUUUGAAGCAGGAUAUUACAGUAACCAGGCGUCAGUGAAGUAUUUGAUUGAGUGGAUGAUGAUUCUCAUCCUCAUACGCUACCCACAGCACAUGGACAGCUUCUGGGCUUGCUUCAACAUGGAUCAUGAAAAGACUAAGACCAGUGUCUGCACCUACCUGUCAGUCCUGGUCCAUUUUGAUAUCAUCCUGCCACAUCUUGAGGAUCAGCCGUCACAGUUGCGCAGAGCUCUGGACAUCAUUCUGCAAUGGUGUUUCAACCAUAACUUCAGCGUGCGCCUUUAUGCCUUACUGGCCCUGAAGAGGGUUUGGCAGUUGGCUGCAGUGCAGGCGGAGGGAGUGACCGAUGGUUUGGGAGGGUUGUCCACUGUGAUCAAGGCCUGUUUGAACCAGGCUGAGGCCAUGCAAAACACUGGAAAUGCAAACAAAAACUGGAUACGAAUUCAGGAGCACUUCUUCUUUGGUGCCUUUCAUCCUGUUGAAGAUUACAGUGCUGAGACCAUUUUCUACACCUUUCCCUCUCUGUCAGAGGUCGCAGACGAUGAGUGGAUUCCUCUGUGGAAAUUUGAGAAACUGUUAUGUUUCUCUGAAUGCUCAUCUCUGCCCUUAAAGAAUCCCUCUUUACGUCUGAGCCAGCUGCAGUCUGGAGACUGGAUCCAACAAGACAAAAACGGACAGGAUAAAGAAGAGCGCUGGGCUGAGGUGCAGAAAAAGAUCACCCCCUGGAGGCUGGAAGUCCAGGAGCAGGAGCCUGAACUCAGCUUGGUUCCAUCACAGAGGGCUGCUCGUCUGGGCAAAUCGCUGGGCGCUCUGCUGGUGGUGGCCUCGCUUAUUGACAAACCCACCAACUUAGGAGGUCUGUGCAGGACAUGUGAGAUUUUUGGGGCCAGUGCUCUGGUUCUGGACAACCUUCGACACAUCAACGACAAGAACUUUCAGUCCCUGAGCGUUUCCUCCGAGCUGUGGCUCCCCCUGUUGGAGGUGAAGCCAGUGGAGCUCAGUGACUUUCUGCAGCAGAAGAAGAGCGAAGGCUACUGCAUCGUUGGGGUGGAACAAACAGCCAACAGUCAGAGCCUUGACAUCUAUCGCUUUCCGGAGAAGACCCUGUUACUUCUAGGCAAUGAGCGAGAAGGCAUCCCAGCCAACCUGCUGCAGCUGUUGGACGUCUGUGUGGAGAUACCUCAGCAAGGUGUCAUCCGUUCCCUCAAUGUGCAUGUGAGCGCCGCCCUACUGAUAUGGGAAUACACCCGGCAACAUCUCAGCUCCGGUUCAAGCUGAAGUACAAAUGCAGCUGGUGAUGACAUCUGAGGAAGUUAAAACAAAAACAAAAAUAAAGGGCAGCACCUGUGUACAAGUCAUAGGAUAUGAAAACUACAUGAGUACUACGUUUGCUGAUGGACUCACAAUAUUUUUACUUUGCAAUUCUUUGUAAUACUUUAACCGCAUUGUUUUUAUACUUGUGUAUAAAUAAAAUGUUUUAUCUACA